AUGCCAAACACCACAUAUUUUUCUCCAACGGUCAAUGUACCACAAAUAAGACCGGAGCAAACUUCCAGAGGCUCGUACAUUACAAUUCACGGAAUAAAGGUGUACACUAUUGGACCACAAGUGAGAAAUGCUGUCAUAGUGGCACAUGAUAAAUUUGGACAAACGCCACAAAUGGAACAAAUUUGCGACAUGAUUGCUGGUCAAGGGUAUAAGGUUUUUAUGCCUUAUCUAUUCGGUGAUGAGCUUCCAUAUACGAGAGAGCGAGCAAUAAGAGAAAGUAGCAAACAAUGUUACGAAUGGUUCAUGGGUAUCGUAACAUCUGAAACCACGUUCGAGAGAAUCCACUUGAUUAUGAAGAAAAUCUUGACAACUCUACAAGGCCAAGGUUUCAUUCAUUUCGGAAUCUUCGGAGCAGGCGGUGGAGGAAAACUCGCCUCGAUUGCUGCUGCCGAGUGUGAUUUAUUCAGCGCGGCUGUAUUCGUUCAUACCCCUUGGUUUUCGUUGGCAGAUCUAAAGGAUAUAAGAUGUCCUGUAGCAAUACUUACUGCGGGGGAUUUGGAAGACAUGGCAACCAUCAAAUCAUUACAAAUGACGCCAUCAUCUUCCGUCAAAAAAUAUUUCCCUCACAUAAUGCUACACAUGCGAUUUCCAGAGAUGAAAUACGGUUGGGUUGGCUCGUUAGGCGACUGGACAAAUCCUUUUAUCGCAGAACGUACCACCGAA